GCAACGGCUUGCAGCUUGACCAGCCCUUCCCUCAGCGGGAACAUUUCCACCUUUGUAAAUAUGGAAACAAACUAUUGAGACCUUGAGUGGCCAAAAAGUACAUCAGGCCUGGAGAAUCACGCGAAAUAAGCAAAACCGGGCUUCACCGGGCCUGGAAGGCUUUCAGCUCAGUGCCUCCUUCUCGCCCGUGGAGUCCGCCAAAUUAUACAUACAUACCACAGCGCAUGAUUGCAAUUCAUAGCCCAUGGCUUAGCGCAUUUGGCGCGCGCUGUCAUUGUUUUCUUUGCAAUUUGGCGCAGCUGCUAGUCAUCAUCCCUGAGUGAAUGGAUAACAUAAAUGGCACCCAUGGCACGCGAGGGGCCGCGGCAACCCCCCAACGCGGGCUGCCUGGCGCUGCCGCAACGCCCAGGACGCCCAGCUCCCUCAAGCGGACUCCGCGGAAGCGGCCAACUGGUGCUGCUUCGCACAUGAGGCAGCCCCAUAUGCUCCAGACCCUUAUCACAGCGCACCUGAUAGCAGCCUCGCCGGCCGCAAUCGCUCCGACAGGCGGCGCAGCCGGCCAUGCGGGCACCAGUUCCGCAGCAGGCGGCACGCCGCGGCGACCGGCUGAGCCCCACACGACCGGCCCUUCGGGACUGGACUCCCCACCCGCUACAGCCAGGCCUGAAAUCCUGCAUCAGGCUCGUGUCGAUGGCCCACCUCACGUCCACGUUCGCGGGCAUGGUGCCAGCCGCUUGGGCGCCCAGCGCCCGCAGACUAGCACUCCAGGCCUGAGCUGCGGCCAGACCCCCGGACGUCAAGCGCCGGCGGCAACGGCGGCAGCGGCACAGACUUCUGCACCAAUCAGCGUGUCGCGGCGGGAGGCGCUGACGACCGCCGCCGCGCAAGCGCUGCCGCCCUCACCUUCCGGCGCAGCCGGCAAGGCCCAUUCGGUGUCCAGCACGGAUAGCGGCGAUGAGCGGCCCGCGAAAGCCGCACGGCAGCGCGAAGCGGAUGCGCCUGGCACGGCCGGCGCUGCUAACGCUGCUGCUGCUGCAAAUCCGGUGGCUGGAGCUGAGGAGGUGGACGUGCGGCGCAUGUUCGGCAGCCAGGACACGGAGGAGGGCCAGGACGAGAGCCCCGGCGGCAGCCAGCAGGAGGAGCCGGAGGGCCUGCAGCAGCAGCAGCAGCAGCAGCAGCCUGGCCAGGGCCAGCACACACAGCUGCACUCGACUGGCAGUAAGGGCCGACGCUCCAGCGGCGGUGGCGCUGGUGAUGGCGGUGCGGGGGCCGAUAGCGGCAACGAGGAUGGCGGCGGCCCCGGCGGGCAGCAGGCGACGCCCGGCGGCGGCGACGCCGACGAUGGGGAUGUGGGCGACGCACACAGCGAGGGCGGCGGCGGCCUCGUGACCGACCUCGGGGAGGAUGAGGAGGAUCUCCUGUGCAGCCAGUGGCAGCAGCAGCACUCCUCGCCUGAUCGCCAGCCGGCGCGGCAUCCAGGGCUGGCGGGGGACACCGACGCAGACGACGUGGGCGCGGAAGAGGCGGCGGCGCAAGGAGCGCGGCCAGUGACAGCUGCUGCACGGAGGCGGCCGCUGCGGGUAGCAGCGCAGAAGGCCAACCAAAAGAUGGGCGGCCAGCAGCUGGACCCGCAGCUGACCGCUGCGGCGGCGGGGGCGCAGCCGGGGCCGCAGGCACGGUGCAGGCCCGCUGCCGGCAGCAGCCUUGACGAUGGCGGUCAAGCCACGGACUCAGCUUCCGGCUCGGGGGAGGCCCAGGGCAUAGAGUGCGCACAGGAGCACGAGCAGCUGCCGCCGCCGCCGCUGCAGCGGGACCCUCGCCGCCCCGGCUACGCCCCGCUGCUGGCCGCGCUACAGCACCGCGCGGCGGCGCAGCGGGCGGCGCGGCAAGGGCAGCAAGUGCCUGAAGCGGCUGCUGCAGAGGAAGGAUCUGGGUCGAGCGCGUGGGGCGUCAAGCUACUCGGCGAGCGGCGCGCAGUGAUGAACAUGGUGAUGGGCGGCGACCUGGCGGUGCUGGUCGGCGCCGCGCUGAAGGACAUGACAGAGAAGCGCCUCUGGACCCUGCCGCGACGCCCAGUGGCACACUCGUCCCAUUCUCCAGUGCCGCUGUUGGAUGGCAACUUCGGUGACACGGUCCUGAACAAGCGCGAGGCGGCGGAGGCGAAGAAGGCGGUCCUGGCGCAGCUGACGCGCAAGCUGCGGGUUGCGGUGCACCAGCGGCUGCGUGCGGAGGACCCCAACUUCGCGGGCAGGCCGGAGGGCCUGACGGACGCCCAGAUUGCGGCCAACCUGCCCGAGUACCUGCCGCCCUCCAGCAAGGUGGUGAUGUCCGUCAUCGGGCAGGGCCUGCCCUCCGUGUUCGAUGACGAGCCGGCGCUGCGGGGCGAGGACACGCUGCGGGUCAAGUCGGGCUGCGAGCUGCGGCCGUACGAGGUGGUAGGCCUGUACAGCGGGGAGGCAUUCCUGUACGAGGACUGGGAGGCGCUCACCAACGCUGACCCCGAGCCCGGCUCUCACUUCUCCAGCUUGUUUGCGCGCAAGCAUGAGUUCGGCAGGUACGCGGCCGACGCGCGGCUGCCGGCCCCGGUGGUGGCCCGGCUGGGCGAGCUGCUGGACCCGGAGCUGGCGGGGAGGCUGUGCCACACAGAAGCUGCUCGGAAGUUCUACGUGUCAGCGGCGCGGCUGGGCUGCCCCGUCUCGGCCGUGAACGACCCGCGCCGGGACGUCAACGCGUGCAGGCCCGUCUUCCGAGCAACUCCCAACGUUGCGGUGGAGGUGGUCGACCUGCUGGGCUGCCUGCCGCUGAUGGUCAUGUUCACGCUCCGGCGCGUGCCCGGCGACCAGGAGCUGCUGUACGACUACGGCGACGACUACUGGCGCCUGCACCGCGAGGAGAGCCGCGCGGCGGCGGAGGCGGACGCCAGUGCCCAGAUGCUCGAGGCGGAGCGGGAGGCGAGGCAGAGGGUCGAGGCGCGCGCCAGGGAGCUUGAAGCGGCGCUGCAGACGGAGCGGGAGCAGCGGGCCGCGGAGCAGGCGCGGGCCGAAGCGGACCGGGAGCAGGCGCGGCGGCUGGAGCAGGCGCUGGAGGAGGCGCGGGCGGAGGCCUUGCGGCUGAGGGGCCUGGCCGGCGGCCAGGGCCUCAUGCUGGCAAACGCCAACGCGCAUGUGGUGGACUUGGAGCAGCAGUUGGUGAACCUGCAGGAGCAGCGGCGGCUGUCGCAGCAGGAACCGCAGCGGCUGCAGCAGCAGGAGUUGGGGCGUCACAAGCCGCAGGCCUUCACGCCGCUGCCGUCGCCGAUGGUGCACUGCGAAAUCCACAACGAUAGUGCGGCGCCGGCGGCCGCCAUGGGGUCUGCUGCCGUGGGCCCCGGGAAGGAGCCUCAGGAGGAAGUGGAGAAGGAGGAGGUGGAGGAGGUGGACGUGGUGGUGGUCGCCGACCAACAGACGCCGCCGCAGACGCCGCCGCACCCGCUCGGCGAGGCCCUCUCACCUCGGGACGACCACCUGGCGGUGCCAGCACCGGAGGCAGAGGCGGAGGCUGGGGGUGUAGACGUGGGCACUGCCGCGAAUGAAGGGCCGGUGACGGAGGCAGAGGCGGAGGCAGAGGCGGAGGCAGAAGCGGUGGCAGAGGCGGCGGCAGAGGCGGUGGCAGAGGCGGCGGCAGAGUCGGUGGCAGAAGCGGUGGCAGAGGCGCAGGCAGAGGCGCAGGCAGAUGCGGAGGAGGACCUGGCCGUGCUGGACCGGGAGGCGGCCGCCACGAGCGCAGGCGGCUCGCCGGCUGCCGGGACCUCGGGUGCAGCGGUGGGUCUGGCCGGCAGCACGGGUGCGGGCCUGCCGCCGAGCCCCACCGUGACGGAGCUGCUGGCCUCCAUCGGCGCACACUGCGACGCCACCAAUGACGCCUUCCAGGCGAUCGGCCUACCAGGGCACGCAGACACCUCGCCGGCCGCAGCAGCAGCCCGUGCGGACGGCAGGGGCGUGUACAGCGGCACCGCUGCAGCGGGUGUGCCCGCGGCGUCGGCCCGGAAUGGAUGCUUCAUUGCGGCUGCAGCGGCCCGCGCUGACGCGGCGACUGCCGGCCCGACCAGCAGCGGCGGCGCGCACGCGGGUGCUGGCAAUGGUGCCGCCGAGCCGGGCCCCAGCCGGGACCGGCAUGCAGCUCCAGGCAUGGCGUUGGUAGACACACAGGCGGAGCAGACACAAGGGGAGGUCCAGGCGCAGGAGCAGGCAACGCAGGAGCUUAGAAAUACACGCAAGCGGUCGCGGGAAGCACGCGAGCGUCAUCGCGACAAGGUGAAGCCUGAGCACAUCGGCAAGCUGAGCCUCCGGAGCAGUCACCGGACGAAGGCGGUUGCGCGGGCCGCGAAGGCCGCAGAGCAGGCCACUGCAGCGGCCGAGGCGGCCCGGGCGGCGGCAGCGGCGGCCGUCAAGGCUGCAACAGCUUGUGUGGAGGAGGUCGCGGUCGAACGCGCCGCGGAGGCCCUGCAGUGCGCCGAUGAGGCACGGCAGUACGGCGAUGAGGCGGUGGCGGCUGCGGAAGCGGCGACGAGGACGGCAAGCAAUGAAGCGGAGGAGGCGCGGGCGCAGGCGCACAAAGCAGUGCAGGCGGCGGGCCAGGCGGGCCAAGCGCAGGCGGCGGCCGAGGCGGCAGCGCGCGCGGCGACGGUGGCGGCGACGGUGGCGGCGCGGGCGCCAGCCGUUGCAGCGGCGACUGUGAAGACCGAUCCAGCAGCCCAGGCCGCAAUUGUGGCCCAUUCUGCGGCGGCGGCGGCGGCGGCGGCGGUUGCGGCGGCGGCGGCGGUUGCGGCGGCGGCCGCCGAGGUGAUAGACCUGACCAUGGACGAGGAUGACUGAGGCCGGCCAGUGGCGUUGACUGCAGCAGGCGGCGCUUAAGCGCUGGCUGCUGUUGGUGACAUAUGGUUGUGCCACGAUGUUUGUGAUGCCCUGACUACCGCAUAACUUGGACACUGCCGUAGGUUUGACUGUGACCCACGACUGUGGCCCCACAACCCAUGUCCUUGGACACGUGGUUGCUUGCUGGCCCGCAGCGGGUUGGGCGUGCGUUUGAAGCUUGAGCCUGUACAUUGCGGCUUGCAUUCAAGCUAGCCUGUACGCGGCACCAUUUGACCCGAGCCGAUAACGGGAGGUUUAGAAGCUGGGAUUACGUGAGCAUGUGGACUUGGAUCUUGAGUUUU